GAGGAUGGAGAAUUGAAGGUCGUGGAGAGAGUACUACAGAUCGCUGCCGUCCCGAGCGCAAGGCAUUCAAUCGUCACUGUCCAAGUGAAACUCAAUGGCAGCGCCCUCCGCAGCAGCACACCCCAAUUAGAAAGAGGCUGCAGCGCAUCACAGAGCCCUUGCUCUACCCCCAGCUCUGCCCCUCCCAAGUUCUAUUUUAGCGCCUGGCUACGCAGACGCUCGUUGACGUGCGCGAGCAGUGUGGGUGCAAUGAUUGAAAGACAUGAAUGUGUACAUUUAUUUUGCAGGGGAUGCACUGUUGAGCACUAUAUCCCAAGGGGUUCGUGCUGAUUGUAUGGAGAUUGUGACAGCCAGUUAAAUGGCGUCCCUUGAGUAGGCAAGAACAAGAUGUAUGUCAGGAGAAGUGCAGUACUAUCAUAAGGAGAGUUAUACUUGGAAUACGGAGGAGGAAUGGAGGGAAAAAGAGAGGCAGAUGAGGUCUAAGAGAGAGAGAGAGGAAGAGGGUGAGCUUGAGUCAGUUAAAAAUGGCGGGAAAAAGGGAGAUGGUUUGUUAAAGAAGAAUGGUAGAAAGUGUAAACAGAGUGAGUUGAAGACAGGAGGAGAAAUGGAAGUGAAUGAGGGCGAAGUAUCGGAGGUGGUAGGUGUGGUGAAGUUCUUGGAGCCCGAGGAUUGCGCCGAGGGUCAGGAUAAAGAUGAGUCUGUGAAAGUAGGAGUGAAGUUUUUGGAAAAGGUGGAACCUUGUCUUUUGGCUGAUCCAUUUGUGGUUUCAGGGUGGGUGAAAACAGAGUUGGGUGCUGUGGAAUCGGUGAGGGUAACCAGAAGUGGUCUUGUGAUAAUUGUUUGUGUUUCUGCUCAUUUGAGGGAGCAGGCACAGCCUCCUGAAUGGGGCAGUGGUCUAAGGCACUGCAUCGCAGUGUUAGCUGUGCCACUAGAGAUCCUGGUUCGAGUCCAGGCUCUGUCGCAGCCGGCCGCGACCGGGAGACCCAUGGGGCGGUGCACAAUUGGCCCAGCAUCGUCCAGGUUAGGGGAGGGUUUGGCCGGCAGGGAUGUUCUUGUCCCAUCGCGCACUAGCGGCUCCUGUGGCGGGCCAGGCGCAGUGCACGCUGACACGGUCGCCAGGUGUACGGUGUUUCCCGACACAUUGGUGCGGCCGGGUUAAGCAGGGCAUUGUGUCAAGAAGCAGUGGGGUUGGGUUGUGUUUCGGAGGAUGCACGGCUCUUGACCUUCGCCUCUCCCGUGUCCGUACGGGAGUUGCAGUGAUGGGACAAGACUGUAACUACCAAUUGGAUACCACGAAAUUGGGGAGAAAAACAAACAAAAAUGUAUAUAUAUAAAAAUAAAAAAGAGUGAGCAGGCGUUCCGCGUUAAACGAAUGGGGGCAAGAAAUUUGAAUUGUUUUGCACUCAAGAAAAGGGCGCUAUUGAAAGGAGUGAUUACUGGGGUAGCAAUAAAUGUAAAAGUUGACCAACUGAAUGGGAAGAUUCCCGGUGUUUGUGACAGUGUCCUUAAAGCAGCUUUUCUGCGUAGGAAUUGUGUGUGUGUGUGUGUGUGUACCACAACAACAGAAUGGUGUGGGUGUAUACCAGUCAAUACAAAUAUUCAUGUAAGUAGACCACUGAUUGGCCAGCUGAUCUUCCUCUAGACCGCUGAUUGGCCAGCUCAUCCUCCUCAGGGAGAUGAGAUACAAGUUUGCAGGUGUUUUAAAAAAAAAAAAAAUUCCCCCUCCAAUUUAUGCUUUGGCCACAAAAACGAGUAUAGGACAAGUCAACAGCAUUAUUUGGAUAAUGAGUUAACAAUAUGUACUUUUAAAAGUGAAAAUUUCACUGGGCAGUUACUUUAAACACAAGCAUGAAGAUGCCCACAUGCAGGAACAAAGGAAUGCCCUGAAUUGCGGGCCGCAAUCACACACUAAUGGAGAUGUUCACAACAUUGUUUCUACUCUUCGGGCUGAUUGAAUAAACAGUAGCCUAUCAUUCGUGUAAUUUGACCCUCUGACUAAAAUGUUUCAUUUCAGUGUUAUUUGUGAUGUACAGUGAGGGAAAAAAGUAUUUGAUCCCCUGCUGAUUUUGUACGUUUGCCCACUGACAAAGACAUGAUCAGUCUAUAAUUUUAAUGGUAGGUUUAUUUGAACAGUGAGAGACAGAAUAACAACAAAAAAAUCCAGAAAAACACAUUUCAGAAAUGUUAUAAAUUGAUUUGCAUUUUAAUGAGGGAAAUAAGUAUUUGACCCCCUCUCAAUCAGAAAGAUUUCUGGCUCCCAGGUGUCUUUUAUACAGGUAACGAGCUGAGAUUAGGAGCACACUCUUAAAGGGAAUGCUCCUAAUCUCAGCUUGUUACCUGUAUAAAAGACACCUGUCCACAGAAGCAAUCAAUCAAUCAGAUUCCAAACUCUCCACCAUGGCCAAGACCAAAGAGCUGUCCAAGGAUGUCAGGGACAAGAUUGUAGACCUACACACGGCUGGAAUGGGCUACAAGACCAUCGCCAAGCAGCUUGGUGAGAAGGUGACAACAGUUGGUGCGAUUAUUUGCAAAUGGAAGAAACACAAAAUAACUGUCAAUCUCCCUCGGCCUGGGGCUCCAUGCAAGAUCUCGCCUCGUGGAGUUGCAAUGAUCAUGAGAACGGUGAGGAAUCAGCCCAGAACUACACGGGAGGAUCUUGUCAAUGAUCUCAAGGCAGCUGGGACCUUAGUCACCAAGAAAACAAUUGGUAACACACUACACCGUGAAGGACUGAAAUCCUGCAGCGCCCGCAAGGUCCCCCUGCUCAAGAAAGCACAUAUACAGGCCCGUCUGAAGUUUGCCAAUGAACAUCUGAAUGAUUCAGAGGAGAACUGGGUGAAAGUGUUGUGGUCAGAUGAGACCAAAAUCGAGCUCUUUGGCAUCAACUCAACUCGCCGUGUUUGGAGGAGGAGGAAUGCUGCCUAUGACCCCAAGAACACCAUCCCCACCGUCAAACAUGGAGGUGGAAACAUUAUGCUUUGGGGGUGUUUUUCUGCUAAGGGGACAGGACAACUUCACCGCAUCAAAGGGACGAUGGACGGCGCCAUGUACCGUCAAAUCUUGGGUGAGAACCUCCUUCCCUCAGCCAGGGCAUUGAAAAUGGGUCGUGGAUGGGUAUUCCAGCAUGACAAUGACCCAAAACACACGGCCAAGGCAACAAAGUAGUGGCUCAAGAAGAAGCACAUUAAGGUCCUGGAGUGGCCUAGCCAGUCUCCAUACCUUAAUCCCAUAGAAAAUCUGUGGAGGGAGCUGAAGGUUUGAGUUGCCAAACGUCAGCCUCGAAACCUUAAUGACUUGGAGAAGAUCUGCAAAGAGGCGUGGGACAAAAUCCCUCCUGAGAUGUGUGCAAACCUGGUGGCCAACUACAAGAAACGUCUGACCUCUGUGAUUGCCAACAAGGGUUUUGCCACCAAGUACUAAGUCAUGUUUUGCAGAGAGGUCAAAUACUUAUUUCCCUCAUUAAAAUGCAAAUCAAUUAAUAACAUUUUUGACAUGCGUUUUUCUGGAUUUUUGUUGUUGUUAUUCUCUCUCACUGUUCAAAUAAACCUACCAUUAAAAUUAUAGACUGAUCAUGUCUUUGUCAGUGGGCAAAUGUACAAAAUCAGCAGGGGAUGAAAUACUUUUUUCCCUCACUGUAGAUUGUUUGAAAACUGCUCCACCAUCCAUAGCCGCGGGACAUAGGGGAGCUGAGGGUGCUGCAUAUCUAUCUCUCUCUCUCUCUCUCUCUCUCUCUCUCUCUCUCUCUCUCUCUCUCUCUCUCUCUCUCUCUCUCUCUCUCUCUCUCUCUCUCUCUCUCUCUCUCUCUCUCUCUUCUCUCUCUCUCUCUCUCUCUCUCUCUCUCUCUCUCUCUCUCUCUCUCUCUCUCUCUCUCUCUCUUACACUAAAAGCGUAUCACAAUACAAACGUAAAUAUGUCCAUAGUUCCCAAUUCCUUGUAUUCGUUAGUAGCCUAAUGUGUAUACUCUACCACUGAUAAGUGCACUGCAUCUUCCCAUCACACAAAUGGAAUGCUCAUGAAUUAUUUUAUAGACUUUAUCCUUUUAAAAUGAAUAAGAAAUUGAACAGUUUUUCAUGUUUUCAAUGCUGCUAUGUGAAUUUGAUAAAAGCGCGAGCCUGUUGUCCUGAGUUGUUUAUAUUGGCCACAUGCUAGGGAAAGUAUAGGUAUUGCAAUUCCAGCUCCACUUUUGCAGAGAUUGUUGCAAGUACAAUUUACCUACUCGAUCACUCAUUCUGGAUCUUAACUAGUUUCCCCUUCCAAUAUAAUGACACGUCUCUGUAACACAAAAUGGCAAUAGUAGAAAACACGUUACAUUUUCCACUUGGAAAACAUACAGUAUGUAACACUGUGAGAACCCUGGGUUGGUCAGUUUCCUGUCACAGGGUAAGACUAAAGGCUGUUUAUUCCUAACAAUAUUCACAGAACAGUCACCUCGAUCUUUAUUCACUAUCACAUUCCAUACUAUAGCCUCUUUAAACUUUUCUGCAUCUGUAAAGACCCGAUGGUGGCUGUUUUGAGUUCCAUAUCUGACAUGAUGUAGGGUUGUAUCCUUAGAGGUAAAACUGUAUUUUUUUAAAGUAUCUGACACGUGUCUGAUCCGGUUUCCCUCCAUGUCCUUUGACAUCGUAAAUAAAUAGUUCAUUGUAAGUGAAAAAGUCACCUGGAAGGUAAAGGAGAUUCUAGGGUCUGCCGUUUGAAGCAACUGAUGUGACAAACGCAUGCAUGCAGUGCCUUCGGAAAGUAUUCAGACCCCUUGACUUUUUCCACAUUUUGUUACGGUACAGCCUUAUUCUAAAAUGGAUAAAAUAAACAGGUUUUUAGAAAUUUUUGCAAACUUAUUAAACUUAAAAAACAUAAAUAAAUGUUUUACACAAGUAUUCAGACCCUUUGCUAUGAGACUCGAAAUUGAGCUCAGGUGCAUCCUGUUUCCAUUGAUCAUCCUUGAUGUUUUUACAACUUGAUUGGAGUCCACCUGUGGUAAAUUCAAUUGAUUGGACAUGAUUUGGAAAGGCACACCCGUCUAUAUAAAGGUCUCACAGUUGACAGUGCAUGUCAGAGCAAAAACUAAGCCAUGAGGUCAAAGGAAUUGUCCGUAGAGCUCCGAGACAGGAUUGUGUUGAGGCACAGAUCUGGGGAAGGGUACCCAAAAAUCUCUGCAGCAUUGUAGAUCCAUAACUACACAGUGGCCUCCAUCAUUCUUAAAUGGAAGAAGUUUAGAACCACCAAGACUCUUCCUAGAGCUGGCCGCCUGGCCAAACUGAGCAAUCGGGGGAGAAGGGCCUUGGUCAGGGAGGUGACCAAGAACCCAAUGGCCACUCUGACAGAGCUCUGGAGUUCCUCUGUGGAGAUGGGAGAACCUUCUAGAAGGACAACCAUCUCUGCAUCACUCCACCAAUCAGGCCUUUAUGGUAGAGUGGCCAGACGGAAGCCACUCUUCAGUAAAAGGCACAUGAUAGCCUAAAGGACUCUCAGACCAUGAGAAACAAGAUUCCCUGGUCUGAUGAAACCAAGAUUGAACUCUUUGGCCUGAAUGCCAAGCGUCACAUCUGGAGGAAACCUGGCACCAUCCCAACGGUGAAGCAUGGUGGUGGCAGCAUCAUGCAGUCGGGAUGUUUUUCAGCGGCAGGUACUGGGAGACUAGUCAGGAUCGAGCAAAGUACAGAGAGAUCCUUGAUGAAAACCUGCUCCAGAGCGCUCAGGACCUCAGACUGGGGCGAAGGUUCACCUUCCAACAGGACAACGACCCUAACCACACAGCCAAGACAACGCAGGAGUGGCUUCGGGAUGUCCUUGAGUGGCCCGGACUUGAACCCGAUCAAACAGCUCUGGAGAAACCUGAAAAUACAGUGGGGGAAAAAUGUAUUUAGUCAGCCACCAAUUGUGCAAGUUCUCCCACUUAAAAAGACGAGAGAGGCCUGUAAUUUUCAUCAUAGGUACACGUCAACUAUGACAGACAAAUUGAGAGAGAAAAAAAUCCAGAAAAUCACAUUGUAGGAUUUUUAAUUAAUUUAUUUGCAUAUUAUGGUGGAAAAUAAGUAUUUGGUCACCUAAAAACAAGCAAGAUUUCUGGCUCUCACAGACCUGUAACUUCUUCUUUAAGAGGCUCCUCUGUCCUCCACUCGUUACCUGUAUUAAUGGCACCUGUUUGAACUUGUUAUCAGUAUAAAAGACACCUGUCCACAACCUCAAACAGUCACACUCCAAACUCCACUAUGGCCAAGACCAAAGAGCUGUCAAAGGACACCAGAAACAAAAUUGUAGACAUGCACCAGGCUGGGAAGACUGAAUCUGCAAUAGGUAAGCAGCUUGGUUUGAGGAAAUCAACUGUGGGAGCAAUUAUUAGGAAAUGGAAGACAUACAAGACCACUGAUAAUCUCCCUCGAUCUGGGGCUCCACGCAAGAUCUCACCCCGUGGGGUCAAAAUGAUCACAAGAACGGUGAGCAAAAAUCCCAGAACCACACGGGGGGACCUAGUGAAUGACCUGCAGAGAGCUGGGACCAAAGUAACAAAGCCUACCAUCAGUAACACACUACACCGCCAGGGACUCAAAUCCUGCAGUGCCAGACGUGUCCCCCUGCUUAAGCCAGUACAUGUCCAGGCCCGUCUGAAGUUUGCUAGAGUGCAUUUGGAUGAUCCAGAAGAGGAUUGGGAGAAUGUCAUAUGGUCAGAUGAAACCAAAAUAGAACUUUUUGGUAAAAACUCAACUCGUCGUGUUUGGAGGACAAAGAAUGCUGAGUUGCAUCCAUAGAACACCAUACCUACUGUGAAGCAUGGGGGUGGAAACAUCAUGCUUUGGGACUGUUUUUCUGCAAAGGGACCAGGACGACUGAUCCGUGUAAAGGAAAGAAUGAAUGGGGCCAUGUAUCAUGAGAUUUUGAGUGAAAACCUCCUUCCAUCAGAAAGGGCAUUGAAGCUGAAACGUGGCUGGGUCUUUCAGCAUGACAAUGAUCCCAAACACACCGCAAGGGCAACGAAGGAGUGGCUUCGUAAGAAGCAUUUCAAGGUCCUGGAGUGGCCUAGCCAGUCUCCAGAUCUCAACCCCAUAGAAAAUCUUUGGAGGGAGUUGAAAGUCCGUGUUGCCCAGCGACAGCCCCAAAACAUCACUGCUCUAGAGGAGAUCUGCAUGGAGGAAUGGGCCAAAAUACCAGCAACAGUGUGUGAAAACCUUGUGAAGACUUACAGAAAACGUUUGACCUGUGUCAUUGCCAACAAAGGGUAUAUAACAAAGUAUUGAGAAACGUUUGUUAUUGACCAAAUACUUAUUUUCCACCAUAAUUAGCAAAUAAAUUCAUUAAAAAUCCUACAAUGUGAUUUUCUGGAAAAAAAAUUUCAUUUUGUCUGUCAUAGUUGACAUGUACCUAUGAUGAAAAUUACAGGCCUCUCUCAUCUUUUUAAGUGGGAGAACUUGCACAAUUGGUGGCUGACUAAAUACUUUUUUUCCCCACUGUAGCUGUGCAGCAUGCUCUCCAUCUAACCUGACAGAGCUUGAGAGGAUCUGCAGAGAAGAAUGGGAGAAACUCCCCAAAUACAGGUGUGGCAAGCUUGUAGCAAAUGUGGAAAAAGUCAAGGGGCCUGAAUACUUUCCGAAGGCACUGUAUGCUUGCUAUACUGACUAGCUACUCCAUCAAUGAAUUAAGUUAGUGGUGUCCUAGUGUCAGUAUGUUUCACAUUCAUGUUUUUUUUUUUUAUCCAGCUUUCUCUAAAAACUGCAAUAGUCCUUCCUCCUGUGCAAACAAAGGCAGGUGCCAGAGCUCCACGACCCUAUUGUUAAUUCACAGUAAGCAUAGGAGUGUUCAAAGUCCAUGCAUACAAUCCUUGUUACACAAUCAAUUAACAGACAGGAGAGGGGUGUUGUCAAACAGUGACUGGUUUGUUUGGAUUAUCUCUAGUGUAGCUGGCACUGAGGCUUCCCUGUGCGAAUACUCGUUAACCCUUUUGUAACAAGAACUGUCAUCGUAAGUGAAAAAUAAUCCAACCCCCCACCCCCCCCAAAAAAACCAAGGCAUCUCCUGUGCCCAGGAUUGUGUUAAAAGUGCGAUGUUAGGCACAGAUCUUCUCUCCCUGUGCAUUAAUUUGAUGAUCUGGCUUUGUACAACUAUCAUAGUCAGUGUGGUUUAAAAUAACCAAGCUGGCCUCUGACAGACUUCAGACACAAAGGUGCCUCAGUAAGUUCAGUAAGUUGAGAAUCAGGCCCUCUUGUUCACACGCCGUCGCUAACAAAACUACCAUCCAAAGGAUGACUAAAGAAAACGCAUUCAAAACCUGCCAGUAAUGAGUAGCAGUGAUGUCAUAGUGGCUCUGAGAGCCUUUCACAGCAGAUCCCAUUGCCUGUGUUGUAAUUAAGCCUACACUGCAUAUUGCCCACUCAACUAUCAAUGGCUGCAUCUAUGCCACAAGAGCUGCUCUGCACUGUCAAAGCUUGUAUUCAGCAAGCUAAUGGAUUAAUCUGGGGAAUGUCAGGAAGUCCUGCAGUAGGUGUUUGAAGCAUCUGUAGAUUCUUCUGUGUGUUUGAAGUUCUUAUACACCAGUCCAUCGCGUUGUUGGAUAUGUUGAUGGGUCAGAUUAGGUCGUCAGCUUGCUCAUGUUUUCAUGGCUGAGUGACUAUGUAAAUAUGGAUGGACGCACCUGCACACCAAGAUCAACAUGACAUAAUAAUCACAUCACAAACAAUCACAUACAAAUUAUGGAUGCAAAUAGUAGUCCUCUUUUACCUAUUGUCUAAUGAUAUUUAACCUCCACAAUUUAAAGUAGCAAUAUGUAAUUUUCUGGCCGACCUGGCCAAGUUCACAUAGGAAUGUGAAAUAAUUAUACUUGAAAGCAAGUCUAAGAAGCGGUAGAUCUGUUCUAUGUAAGCUACUUUUAUGCUUCCAGUUAUGUUUUUGUGUCUUUUUACUUUCGGUUUUGUACACCAGCUUCAACUAGCUGAAAAUACAAUGUUUUUGGUUAUGGAAAAUAUAUUUCACAGUGGUUUAAAUGGUACAAUAUUUCUCUACACUAUACUAGCUUAUUUUGUCACAAACUGAAAUUAGGCAAACUAUUAGAGUUUUAGCAACCAGGAAAUGGUGGAGCGAUUUCUGCAUAGUGCAACUUAAAAUUCACAAACACAACAAUACAUUCCGUACAAAUAUUUGAGUUGGCGUUUCUUUCCUUGAAUCAUUUUGGACAUACUUUCAUUUUGGUAUGUGAUCUACCAAAGAAAUGUCUUGUCAGACUGUACAAGGCUUUGGCCGUCACCCCUUUGUCUGAAUGUCUCUUACAUGUUUCUCUCUCUUGUUCUUUUUUCUCUCAGAAUGUUGACCUGGCUCAGUGACUGGGUCUGGCAGGACCGGCUGUGGUUCCCUGCAGGCCUGGGUUGGGCCGACCUCAAGGACCGGGAUGGCCUAGUCUUCGCUAAAGGAAGUGAUCUCUGGGUCAUCUUCCCCAUUGCAGUAUGCUUCCUGAUUAUCCGACAGAUAUUUGAGAGGUCAGUACUCCAGGCCCAAGACGAUAGGUGCGUCCCAAAAUGCCACCCUAUUCCCUACAUAGUGCACUACUUUUGACCAGAAUCCUAUGGGCCCUGGUCAGAAGUAGUGCACUAUAUAGGGAAUAGGGUGACAUUGAGGACAAAACCAAUUCCUCUCCCUCCUCACAUUGCAAUGGCCUCGCUAUGUUUCAUUAGCUUGCUGUUGUUUUUUACCUGUAUUGCUCAAAUCUCAUUUGCCUGUUCAUCUAGCCUUGUCGACUUAUGUGUUCACUGCAGCAACAACCAGAACUGAUUUACAGUCCCUAACCACACUUUCCUCUCCUCCUUUGCGUCCUCUAUGACUAUCCAGGACCGUGGCCGUUCAACUCGCCUCUUUACUUAGAGUGAGGGAGAAACCUCGUGUCAAAGCUGCUCCCAACACCACACUGGAAUGUUAUUUCUGCAAUGCAUCGAAGUUCCCCUCACAGGUAAUUGCACAGCAUAACUGUAAUGCUACAUAACGGCGCCGAACGUCAACUCCUUCCUAAUCCUCCAUGUAGGGAACUACCAUACAAUUCCAUUGACCAAAUCCAAGUGACCACUCAGUUCAAUAGUUCACACAAACGCCACACAACUCCUAAGUCAAAUCCCUGCACAAUUGCUACAUUAAAUCAACCAUUAAUUAAAGUGCAUUUAAAAUCGCAACACAUUUUACAGUAAAACAAUACAAUUUAAGAUACAUUAGCAUUAAAUUGCCCUCUAACCCUUGUCUCUCUCUAUCAGAGUUCAGUGGAGGAGUUAACUAAACAGUCAGGUUGCUCGGUGCGGCAGGUCCAGAGGUGGUUCCGGCGGCGGAGGAACCAGGAACUGCCCAGCCAGAUCAAGAAGUUCCAGGAAGCCAGGUACCCACAGCAGCCAAGUGCAAACCCACGAUAUUAUGUUUGUGCUUUUACAAUCAGAGAUGUAGGCUACACUCAUUUCUGUAUUGAAUAUGGUUGAAAUCAAUUGUUUUAGCAAAGAAAGUACAGUACUGCGAACUGAAAUGAAUAGAAGCAGAGCAAUUAGGAACAGCAAAUAGGAACAGAUGAACAUGGUUGAAUGAAACUUGCACUUGCCUACAUGUAAUGAAUGAAUGUCAAAACAACCCUCAUUUAUUUCCGACGUGGGCAUAUUUCUACUGUGUAACAUGUUAGGUGUCGUGUGCCUUCUUUAAAAGAGUCUUGUAUCUGCCAGUUAUUUUCUUUACCAUGAUUUGAUGCAAGUCUUAUUCACCUGAUCAAAAUACAAGCGCUCUUGUAUAGUUUACGGGUGGUUGUAGCUUAUGCUUUACUUUGUCUUGAAGGAGCCCUAGUUUGUAUUGUCUCCGUUGUGUGUACAUGUGACAUUGUUGUAAGCUGUGUGAAAUUGUGUUAAGCUGUGUGAACUUUGUGGGGUUUCUGAGGUUGCUGUGCGUUCUCUUACAGUUGGAGAUUUACCUUUUACCUUCUUGCUUUCAUUGCUGGCCUGGGUGCCCUAAUUGAUGUGAGUACCAUCAUUUACUGUUGGCAUGUAUUUUCUCUAGCAAUGCUUUGCCUCUAACGUUUUAUACCUUUGCUCUGGCGGGUGCCAUUUUGUGCUUGUGUUUGGUUUGAGACUGAAAUCCUCACUAAUAUAUGAACCUCUUCCCAGAAACCAUGGUUCUAUGACAUGGAGGAGAUGUGGAAUGGCUUCCCCACAAUGGUAUGUCCACUGUAAGACUGUUGGUCUCUAAAUCGUAAUUGGUUUUAAAUGUUUAGUUGGUCUACAAACUUUACAAUGUCAGUGUCUGCCACAUUUUGGGACAAUCCCAAACAUAAAGGAUUUUUCAAAGGUUUCCAGUACAUGAUUCUAGCUUGGCAUUUCUAGACACCUUUUAUAAAUGUUACGAAAAUGUAUGCAUGCACUACUUUAAGUUGCUUUGGAUAGAAGUAUCUGCUAAAUAGCAUAUUUGUUCUUCCCUCUUACAGCCACUGCUGCCUUCUCAGUACUGGUACUACAUGAUUGAGCUGGGAUUCUACAUAUCGCUGCUCUUCAGUGUGGCAACGGAUGUCAAGCGUAAAGUAAGUGGAGCCUAAUUCAGAAACAUUGACAAUUUACAUACAACAGUACCAUUACAAUGGCAACAGGAGAGACCUUAUCUUUGUCAAGAGGGCAGAGAGAGAGAUAAGAGACAGAGCUAACCACAUCUCAGCAGAUGUCAGUUUGGGUAUCACAACCAAUUUCCCUUCUUCCCUGUUGUGUGUAUGUCUCAGGUAGGGAAGGGUGUUAAUGUGUCUAGGGCAGGGUUUCCCAAACUCGGUGCACGUUUAGUUUUUUGCCCUAGCACUACACAGCUGAUUCAAAUAAUGAACUAGUCAUUCAGCUUUGAAUCAGCUGUGUAGUGUUAGGGCAAAAAACAAAACGUGCACCCCUUUGGGUCCUGAGGACCGAGUUUGGGUAACACUGGUCUAGGGCAUCUGUGGGUUAAUAUGUGACCGGCACAUUGUGGAAAGGUAUCACAGUGGAGACUGAUUGACCAUGUUCUCCAGCCGUAUUUAUUUUCCAGCUGGUGAGCCCAAAUGGAAAGUGGCAACUCUUCAAAACAGUCAGCAGACUUGACUGAAAUCCAGUCCUGUUUGUCGGUUGAUUUGACAGACACAAGGAAUGAAUUGGGCUGAUCCAAAACAAUGGUUUUAGAGACUUGGUUGUGAGAACAUUUGUGUCGUUUUGUUAGCUAUAAUUGCAGUGGAACUCUAAAUUGGGCUUGUUAGUUUUUUGCUCGCCUCAAGCUCAUGGCUAGGGCAACGUUUUAGUUCAGUUGUAAGUAGGAAAGUAUACAUGGAUACAUGCACUCAUUAGCUAUGUUUCCAUUAAGUUGUCCAGGGAUUUUUUUGUCGACGUUUAGAAUGUUUGCAUUUGCAUAGAAAAUACAUGCUCCAAUUGCCUGCUACGGUGCGUUUCCAUUGAACCGUCUCGUCGAUAAAAAAUUAAGUGGACGUAAUGUCGUAACACCCCCCCCCCCCCCCAAAAAAAAAUGGUUGAAUAAAAAUUAAGUGGUUGAGGUGUUUACAUUAUCAAUUUAGGCUGUAUGCCUUCCCUCCUAUCUGUUUCAUGUCUCAGGUAGCCCGCAAAAGCCAGCAUUGCUAGAAUGCAAUAAUUUGCCAUCUUCAAAUAAUUGUGCCAACGUAUCAACAUGGUCCGUGCCAUGGUGAAACUUGCACUCCUUUUAGAUCUGAAAUAAUUGGCUGGUGAAACUCGCUUCCAUCAUUUUCUGUUCCUAGCCAACUAGAAAAGCAAGGCGAAGCAAUUCAGGCAUUCUUGAAAGUCAAGACAAUCCUUGUCCUGGUUGAGUUGGAAAAAAAUUGAUUUAGCAAACAGUAGGCAUUUAGAAUGAAAUGCGGAGUGGAGCUUUAUAGAUAUGUGAUGACGUCACUUGCCCUGCGUAGGCCUACCAUUAAAAGUUAUUUGGCAAUCAUCAUUUAUUUGAAAAACACAGUUUCCAUCAUCAUUUGUCACAAAGAAAGUUAGAUAAAACAAUAAUCCACCCAUCGAACAGUUAACAAUGUUGUCGAUCUUUAGAACAUUUCUCCUAUAGCUACCGUUUCCAUUACACUUCGCAAUGUUGUUGUUUUUUUGCGACAUUGCUUUUCUCAAAUAAACCUGGGUCAAUGGAAACCUGCCUACUGUCACUCAUGUGAGAACUGGAUGAAUCGGUAUGCACACACUCUUACUCCGUCAUUUAAUCAAUAAGCGGUGAAUCCAGGUGUCUGUAACAGUAGCUUAGAGGUGUCCCUGCAGACAUUUGAAGCUAUGAACAUUGAUGAUAUUCAGCGGUGUUAAAGCUCUAAAAUAAUUGUAGUUCAGAACAAUGCAUCCAAAAGAAACAUAAUAAUCAAGUUGCGUGUGAGGAAUGUCAUGACCCUGGUGCCAUAUCCAUCAGAACUAGAACACAUUUCAACAAGAUUUUAAAGUGAACAACUACCCCCUCCUCUUAUGACUGAAUCUGAUGUGCAGUGCACAAAGUAAACACAUCAUUUGCAUAUCUGACAAACUCCCCCUCUCUCUCUUCUAGGAUUUUAAGGAGCAGAUUGUUCACCAUGUGGCCACUAUUCUGCUGAUCAGUUUUUCGUGGUUGGUCAACUACAUCCGUGCCGGGACUUUGAUCAUGUUGGUGCACGAUGCCUCAGACUAUCUACUGGAGGUACAGCCCCCCAUACAUUUACAUUUUAGUCAUUUAGCAGACGCUCUUAUCCAGAGCGACUUACAGUUAGUGAGUGCAUACAUUUUUCAUACUGGCCCCCCGUGGGAAUCGAACCCACAACCCUGCCGUUGCAAACGCCAUGCUCUCAACUGAGCUACACAAUACAAUGUCAUCAUUACAGACCUAAAUAUAGUAUAUCCAUUCCAUAAUAAGUAUAGAGGAGUGUUAUUUCUAUAUGGACAGUAAAGGCCAUUACAAUUGUAUUAUAGUCAUAAAUGGUGCUUACAGAAUUUCUACUCUCACAGAACUGGUCAUACUGUUAAGCCUGCCAACUGCAACAAACUCGUUUAUUUUUUCUCCCUUUCUGUUGCUCCUUUUAGUCAGCAAAGAUGUUCAACUAUGCAGAAUGGAGAAAGACCUGCAACUACAUCUUCAUCCUGUUUGCAGCUGUGUUCAUCAUUACCCGCCUCGUCAUACUCCCUUUCUGGUAAGAUGCUCAGAUCUUGGAUGGGGAGGUUUCCCGGACACAUUAAGCCUAAAAAAGCCUUUUCAACUGAGCUUUUCUAUUGAGCUUGCUUUUUAGUCCAGUACUAGGUUUAAUCGUUGUCUGGGAAAAUUGCAUCCAUAGGUCUAAAGCACUCAUUUUUCAAUGAUCAAUUGUACAGGAUGCAAUGCAUUCUAGUGAUUUACUUAAGUCUUUGCCAAAAUGGUUGACUACCAAUGCAGAUCUGUAUUGACUGGAUCUGUCUGUUUCCUCCCCCAGGAUCAUACAUACUACGUGGGUGUACCCAUUGACCAUCUAUCCCCCUUUCUUUGGGUUCUACUUCUUCAACGGGCUGUUGUUUGUGCUGCAGUGUCUGCACAUCUUCUGGGCUGCCCUCAUCCUGCGCAUGGCCAUCAAGUUCCUGCCUGGAAACGUACGUAUUCCCAAACCUAAUCACUAUAGGGCGGUUUCCUGGACACAUAUUGAGCCUAGUCCAGAGCCUUAUACUACGUACGUGGUUUGAGGAGUUAGCUAGGUAAUUUUGGUAAAUUCUGAGUUCAACUCGGGAUAACCGUUACCAGAUACAUUUCUAUGGCAACAAAUCCUUCAAAACUAACCUACUCCCGGGCAGGCUAACUCUUGGAAAGAUUGCGUCAUCAUCCCCUAUAUUUGAGGAUGACUGAUUAAAUAUUUUAUUAGUCAAUGUUUUUUUUGUAAAAAAAAUUUAAAAUACCAAUCACAUUACACAUUUAGUAAUGGCUGAAUCCUUUGAAACUUCACGCACAUUUACGUCAUUUAGCAGACGCUCUUAUCCAGAGCGACUUACAGUUAGUGAGUGCAUACAUUUUUUUAUUUUUAUUUGUUCAUACUGGCCCCCCGUGGGAAUCGAACCCACAACCCUGGCGUUGCAAACGCCAUGCUCUACCAACUGAGCUACAUCCCUGCCGGCCAUUCCCUCCCAUACCCUGAACGACGCUGGGCCAAUUGUGCGCCGCCCCAUGGGUCUCCCGGUCACAGCCGGCUACGACAGAGCCUGGAUUCGAACCACUGCACCACUCGGGAGACCGAGUUAAACUUGUGUAUGACUUAAAGCUGCAUUAUGUAGCUUUUUGGGCGACCUGACCAAAUUCACAUAGUAAUGUGUGUUAAAGAUCUGUCAUUCUCAUUGAAAGCAAGUCUAAGAAGCAGUAGAUCUGUUCUAUGUGCGCUAUUUCUAUGCUUCCCGUGCUUAAGUUUUGUUUUUGCGUCUUUUACUUUCGGUCUAGCAGGCUUGUAACUGCGCGUGCAUGUCGCAUGUGGCUAGUCGAACGCCAAACUCUUAAUUGAGACAAUGCUGAAACAUCAAUCCAUUGGCGAGUCAGUGCAACAUUUUCAUUUGUGCUGAAAUCAAAAUGAAAUAAAUCUUGCAAAUUCUGCAGGCUAUGGUGUGAAAUAGGCUUGUUGAAGUGCCGUCUUUAUUUUACUACUUAUCGUUAAUGGAGUCUUUGGUGUGCUUAUCAAUGCACAAUCACCUUUUUGUUCCACUCCUAUCCAGGGCCGCCGGAAAACGAGUUGUGAGGCGGCAUUUGCCAUAUCACUUUUCAAUCAGAUGUGGCAGCACCACACCACUUUUAAUUUUGUUUAAAAUAUAUCAAUGCAAAGUGUUAAAGAGGGGCAAAGUGCUGUUUAUUUUUAUUUGUCAACUCGCGCACAAUUUCUCUGUCCUUCACAUCAGAGUGCUGCUGCAGACUGACUCUUUGCAUGUUUUCACCAAUCAGAUUCACGGAAAUCGCAGGUUGCGUGGACCAGGCACAAUGCUCAAGGCGUGCUCUACACUUUCCUCCGGUAUUUAUUUAGCAAGCGUGAUAACACAUCACCCCCAACAGACACAUGCAUAAACUAUUACAUAAAUGUUGCAGCCAAGUCUCUAAAGUGUGACCAAAUAUUUUGCUGUGCGACCACAAGUUUUAUUUUGGGAGCACUGUGCUACUAGGAAAAAAAUCUCCCAGAUAAUAAUUAUUGUGAUAAGGCUUCGCUUAGUACCGUUGUUUCCGAGUGCCCUACAGAAAAAAGCGUGUGCAGAUUCGAUAGUCAUGGUUGCACCAUUACUACAGCGAAAAUUGAUUGCUUCUAGCCCAACCAUUACCGGCACAACAUUGACUACUCACCGCGAGGGCUUGUCUGCAUGAUGCUGAUGAGGGCACCCUUGCUGCUCUUCUCUAUGCUACGUGUUCGGCUGCAAACUGGACAUCUCUCGAACAACUGCAGCACGCAAUUUUAUGAGGUGGUGUUGACUAGUCUGUGAUGGGGUGGUAUAAUACACAAGUGGUCAAUUGCAUUUUGUUCUAAAGAAAGGACAAAGCUUUUUGCUAAUGCACUUCUCCACCAAAAUGACUCUACUAGUUGUAUCUGCUUGGCUGGAGAAUUAGCCUACUAGUUUGUCAGCCAGGUAUUUUCUAAUUCAACUUUUCACAUAACACACAUUACCUGUCGUUCUCGACGAAGCCGUCUCUGUCAUCAGGGCAGUAACUCGGGUCACUAUCAGAGGCGUCAUGAUGGUGUGUCCUUUUCAUAGGAGUCAAGGGAGACUGGCAACAACAGAGGAGGUGUCACAAGGGGACUUGUCACAUUACACUCUUAUUCUGAGGUCUUGCCUGACAAGCUGAAAAUAAAUAGCAAGUGAACAGUGAAUGAAAUGAUUUUUGGAGGUUUUUAAACCAUUGCAAUCGCAUUGCUGGACAUGUUAUGAUACCCACCAUUGCUCCUUCUGGUAGGUCCUGGCAUCCGUUCAUGACCAGGGGAUCAGUCUAGCACCCAACUGUGCACUUUGUCUAACGAAAAUCAGGGUCAACGAUUGUCAUCAUCCCUCAACUAUAAACAUAGCUUGAGAAAUAACGUAAUCUCGUUUGGAAGGAUUCAGGCCGGUGAAGCCAUUACACUACAACCAACUGUGACAUGUUUUACUAUGGUCCUGGGUUGGUUUGAGUUUGUUGCUGCUAGUUAGUACACUGUCGUAGUCAGACAUGUUAGCUAGUACCACAUAGCUGCAUCCAAUAUUUAUUUGUGCCCUAGACAUGGGUUGCACCUCGCCUUGAGGCUGUGACAAUUUUACUUUAGAGAUUCCAAUGUUGCCAUUACUGUUAUUAGCAAAGUUAGUCAACAAUAGCUAGCAAUGCUAAUGUUAGCUUAAGUAUUACUCCAUCUAAUGUCAAUCUGGUGACAUCACAAUCAUGACAAAAGGUUUUCCUACUAAUUAUUUGCCGCCUUUUGAAAUGUUAUCGUGUUUCCAAGCCAAAUCCGAGUUGUAUUGAGGUAGUCUAGCUUGCUAGCUAGUUGGUAGCUAGCUAGCUAAAGUCAGCUAUGCUAGCGAUGAUCGAGAUAAUGAUUAUAAAAAUAUACAUAACCAGCAGUCUAUGGUCUAGCUACUGGUAUACUCACCACCAUUGGGGAUCAAUGAACUCCAACCACCUAUUCCGCAUGAUCGGGUCCUUCGGCAGGGCAUGCAAACCAAAGUUGCGAAAGGGAGGGAAUCUUAUUUCAUUGGUCCACAACUCGCCGGCUCAGACAUAUCAUUCAGGAUAAAUGGAGUUAGCUCUGAGUUAUGCUGCCGGAGCAGGUUAGUACUGAAGAAUUCAUUGCCAUAGAAAUGUACCUGGCUAAAAGGUGAGCCACUUUCGUGGUACCGGUUAUCCCGAGUUGACUAAAGUGACAUCGCUAACUCCUCAAAUCACGUACAGUGCCUUCAGAAAAUAUUCACACCCCUUGACUGUUUCCACAUUUUGUUGUGUUACAAGGUGGGAUUAAAAUGGAUUUAAUUGUUCUUUUUUUGUCCAAGAUCUACACAAAAUACUGGUGGAAGAAGAAUUAUAACAUUUUUGUAAAAAAUUGAUUAGAUAAGUAUUCAACCCCCUGAGGCAAUACAUGUUAGAAUCAACUUUGGCAGCUUUUAAAGCUGUGAGUCUUUCUGGGUAAGUCUCUAAGAGCUUUCCACACAUGGAUUGUACAAUAUUUGCACGUUAUUCUUUUUUAAAUUUCUUCAAGCUUUGUCAAAUUGGUUGUUGAUCAUUGCUAGACAGUCCUUUUCAAGUCUUGUAGAUGUAAGUCCAAAUUGUAACUAGGCCACUCAGGAACAUUCAAUGUCAUCUUGGUAAGCUACUUCAGUGUAUAUUUGGCCUUGUGUUUUAGGUUAUUGUCCUUCUGAAAGGUGAAUGUGUCCCUCAGUGGAAAGCAGACUGGGACAGGUUUUCCUCUAAGAUUUUGCCUGUGCUUAUGGCUGUAUUCCGUUUCUGUUUUGGGUAUGCUUGCCGAUGACAAGCAAACCCAUAACAUGAUGCAGCCGCCACCAUGCUUCAAAAUGUGAAGUGGUACUCAGUGAUGUUGUGUUGGAUUUUGCCCCAAACAUAACGCUUUGUAUUCAGAACAUAAAGUUCAUUUCUUUGCCACAUUUUUUGCAGUUUUACUUUAGUGCCUUGUUGCAAACAGGAUGCAUGUUUUGGAAUAUUUUUAUUCUGUACAAGCUUCCUACUUUUCACUCUGUAAAUUAGGUUAGUAUUGUGGAGUAACUACAAUGUUGUUGAUCCAUCCUCAGUUCUCUCCUAUCACAGCCAUUAAACUCUGUAACUGUUUUAAAGUCACAUUGGCCUCAUGGUGAAAUCCAGGAGCGGUUUCCUUCCUCUCCGGUAACUGAGUUAGAAAGGAUGCCUGUAUCUUUGUAGUGACUGGGUGUAUUGAGACACCAUCGAACACCAACAAAAUGUGGAAAAAGUGAAGUAGUUUUAAUACUUUCUGAAGGCACUGUAUGUAGUAUGGGGCUCUGGAAUGUGAAGCGCUGAAGCUGGCCAGCUUUAGAAAACCCUGAGUAGAUCUAGCUUCAAUUGUGAUAUACCCCCUUAGGACUAUAAAGCAAGCUCAAUGGAGAAUUUCCAUUGAAAGUGCUUUUUAGUCCAGCUGAGGGGUAUACCACAAUGCAGGAUCAAUGAGUUAGCCAGCUAACUUGCCUAAAUAUCCUGAAAUAAGGAUUAUCUUGAAAUGGGCAUGGUCUAAUUGACUCCCCCAUCCCAAAAACACACAUCUAAGUUUAGCUUUCUUAAAGAAUCAGAAAAUCUAGUUAUUUCUGGUUGUUUAUCAAAUGGUUAACUCAUUGAUCCUGCUUUGUAGUAAUCCCCCUUGGGGUGAGGCUUAAUCUGUGCCUGGGAAACCGCCCCAAUGUCAAACUCUUCUGAGCCUCACUGCUCUACUUUUCAUCACCAAACUGUACCUACUGUUCCACAUCACCACUCAAACUCAACGUUUACUUUUAAUGAUUGUGAUAUGUGUUUGUCUUACCUAGCUAACUUAAUUGAAACAAUAACAAAGCAGUCAUCCCACGUCUGUUAUGGUAAAAAGCUGAGGGAUGGGCCUGGAGAAAUGUAACCACUCUCAAAUUAAUAGACAGAGCUAUGGAUGUAAGGACUGAUCAUCCAUGAUAUCAAAAUUUAUAGUUUUAACCAUGUUUUGAGGCUAUAUAGUGUUUGUUUGCAUUUACAUUGUUUACAAACAUUGGAGUAAAGCAAGCUUAUAUUUUAAUAAUAAUAAUAAUAAUAAUAAUUAUUAUUAUUAUUAUAUUUUGGGUUCUGUGGUACGAUAGUUUAACCAAGCUCAGGAGGCAUUUAUAAGUUAUAUUCUUCAAGAAUCAAUGAGUGUGUGUGUAUAUAUAAAUAAUGUUAAUAUUGUAGCAACUAAGGAUUCUAGCUUUAAGUUAACGGAGUGGCUGCGGAGCCGAUCCUUCUGACAACUAAAGGUCCUGAAGCCUCUGCACUCUACACACCCCGCUCCACAAACAUAGCAACUCUGGGGAAUGUUGCUCAUUUUAAUAAAGUUAGAUCAAAGCUGAAUCAAUGUCUGCAAGAUCACAUAAUGAUAGUAUUAUACAUAACAGAACCAACUAUCAUUAGCAUAGUAUAACGAUACUGUAAGACAAAAAACCACCUUAGGAUGAUUGUGUGAAUGGUCGCUUUUUUCAAUCAAUAUGUGCUUUGAUUGAAACUAACAAAGGUAGGCUAUGCUACAGUUUAACACCAUCUGCUCUAAGAUUCGCUCACUGUGCAAAACAACACCGUUGAUCAACAACCAUUUGAUCUCGGUGGUGCCAUACUUGCGAACAUUAGACACAGUUUACAUUUAAACAGUUUGAAUUUUUCGAAUGGUUGUCAAUUCCUUUUGGGUCCUCUUUUUCUCUGUGCUCAUCUCUGUCUGUCCUGUGCAACUAUUUCCAAUGAAAGCACAUGGAUAUGUGUGAAACAGAUGGGCAAAAACAUGAAAAUGUUGUCUGUUAGUACUAGUAGCCUAGUUAAGGAUGCAAUAUUGGCACACAACAUUUUGUUACAGACCAACGGAACAAAAGUAAACCUUGAAUUUGUAGGUUUAAAAUAUCCCUCUGGUGGCCAGGUCGACCAAUUAUAAGAAAGUUUAAGAUCUUUAGGCUGCUGCAGAAUUUUGUUCCAGGAAAGAAUCACUCAUCUGGUGAGGUUAGCAUAGGGCUAACGUGUGCCAGGUUAUCUGAUGGACCAGCUACAAUGCACAUUUUCAGACUGAGAAACGGUUUAAAUUUAAACUGUUUCUAAUGUUGGUAAGUAUGGCCCCAGUCAGUUUCGCAGGGAUAUGCAUUAAGAUAUUGAGUUAUAGGCUCCAGUUUCAAAGUAACCUUCAACUGAAGAAGAUUUAAAUGCAUAUCCCCAUGAAACUGAUUGAGAUCAAAUGGUUGGUAUGCAGAUGCUGCAUGGACGUUUCACCUGUAAAAUUUGAAGAAUUAUCAUUCACGAUUGACAGUGAGAAAUGUGAAGGGAGGUUCUCUACGAGUAGAGCAGUGUGUGCGAAGUAAAGAAUCCCGCACAUGGCGCCGAACCCUCGGGACCCCCAGCCGCCGGGAAGCGGGGUCCAGAAAAGUCUGAUCCUCGGCCUUAACUUAAAUUUACUGAAGUCGCUCUGGAUGAGAGCGUCUGAUAAAUUACCAACAUUUAAAUGUAAAUGUACUCUCUCUCCCAUCAGGAUAUCGUUGAGGAUGAGAGGAGUGACAGGGAAGAGACUGAUUCAGAUGAGGAGGACGAAGACCAUGAGAAAAGGAAAAAUGGCGUUGUGCAGAAUGGCAAUGGCCACACAGUGUUUAACAACAACCACCACCACAGCAAAAUGGAGUGAUUUGUUACAGAGACACCGAGGAGGAUGUGUCUGGAAUGGGGAAGAGUAACUCUCCCCACGUGGCCUAGUCCAAGAGGCCACAGUAAGGCAGAAUUGCUGGUGGAAAGGCCACAAGCAAACACACGCACACCUCUGAAUAAUAUAUACACAAAUAAUGCUAAAG